AUGGAAGAAGUCAAUUCCUCUCCCUUAGAGAGAUUCCAAAGGAUUGAUCUCCAGGAAUCUGAUCACAACCCCCCUGCCUUUGUUAACAAAGAUAUCUCCAAUUACUUUUCGCCUAUUCGGCUUGAUGACGCUCCCUCGUGGGUUCUGAGACCCGAACUGCCGUCUUCGGAUGAAAUCUUGGACAACAACAAUGAUGAAGACGUCUUCCUGGUCCCCAAUAAGAUCGAUGGCGCUUGGGAAUCCAAAGACGCCUAUUUGAAAGCCCACUACGAACUUCUCAGGGAAGACGCAGUGGCUCCGUUGCGUGAUGCUGUGGCUUAUGUGAGGAAUGACCCGGAGAUGAUGGACACACAGGCGAUUUCCAUAUAUGAAAAGGUCUAUAUAACCGGUGUAACUUUCUCGCAUCGAGGUUUGGCAUUUCGGAUUCGGUUCUCUACAAAUAGAGCUGGGAAGAGUAUCGCAUGGGACUACUCUAAACGCUUGAUAAGUGGCUCCGUGAUUGCUUUAUCCCCUGUCCAUGAUCUCUUUCAGAGCAAGUGUAUCGUUGCUGUUGUUGCCGCUAGACCGCUGGAAGCUGUCAAGCAACUACCUCCAGAAAUCGAUAUCUUCUUUGCGGACCCAGCUGAUGCAGACUUCGAUCCCCAACUUGAAUGGCUGAUGGUAGAGGCGAAGAACGGAUACUAUGAGUCCGCGAGGCACACUUUAACCGCUCUUCAGAAGAUGAGUCAAGAACGAUUUCCCCUUGCACGUUAUAUCUGCUCCCUCAACACCGAUAUCGACCCUCCGGAAUACGUCAAAAACAACCCCGUUGUUGAACUGGAGUCUGCAAUUGAGGAUUCUGGAGAAGGUGGCCAUUUUGAUCUUCUUAAAGAAUGGCCCCGGCGCCCAUCAGGCGGUUUUGAUACGGCGCAAUGGGCCGCGCUAGAGCAAAUCCUCACAAGGCAGCUUGCUAUUAUUCAAGGCCCUCCGGGUACGGGCAAGACGCAUGUCUCAGUGGUUGCAUUAAAGAUCCUCCUCUCCAAUAUGAAAGCCAACGAUCCUCCAAUUAUAAUCUCCUCGCAGACAAAUCAUGCUAUCGAUCAAAUCCUGAAAUAUGUCUCCCAGUUUGAGAAACAAUAUGUUCGUCUAGGGGGUAGAAGCAGCGACCCUAAUAUCAGAAAACGCACGCUAUAUGCAAUUCGAUGCAGUGAACCAACGCCUGCUUUCAAUGGCGGUGUCUUCCCAUCUGCAAUCAGAAAAAACAAGGCAUUGUUUAAUAGCUUGUCAGAAAUUCUACAGCCGCUCUGCGCUGAAAAUUCAGAUUGCCCAAUCCCAUCGUCAGUGUUCAAGAAGUACAAUCUCUUGGGGGAAAAGCAGUGUGACGCCCUCGCAGAGGGAGCUAAACGCUGGGUACAUGCUGGAGGAGAGGCCGAAGAGGCCGACCCGCUAGUAGCCUGGCUUGGAGAUCAAGUCAUUCCGUUUGAAGUCAAAUACACAGCUCAGAACUUUGGGUUUGCUGAAGACGAGGUGGACCGAGAAUAUGAGCAGCUGAAAGAGCUGGAGGCGGAACAGGGACUAGAUGAGGACGAUCACGAAAUCCUCAAAGGCCCGUUCACCUCACUCCGGGAGUCUUAUAUUGGGCGACAAGAUUCUUUUCAUACGAAACAAUCUGCCUUAAGGUAUCUUGAGUGCGAUGAUAUGUGGAAAAUUCCAGUAAAGGAGCGCGGCAGUGUCUACAACAUCCUCCGAAAGCAGCUGAAAACACGACUCUUGCAAGACUUCCGUAGAUUAUGUGCUCGGUACUAUGACUGUUGCAAAAAUCUACAAAUAGGGAGAUGGGAAAGGGAUUAUUUUAUCCUCCAAAACGCCAGGGUGAUCGGGAUGACAGCAACCGGGCUAAGCAAGUAUCGAGCUCUGGUUUCGAGCCUGAAACCAAAGAUUGUCCUGGUAGAAGAAGCUGCAGAGGCGAUUGAGGCUCCUAUAGCUGCUGCGUGUUUGGACUCUCUCCAACAUAUGAUUCUUGUCGGUGACCAUCAACAGCUUCGAGGACGAUGUGCAGUUCAAGACCUUAAAGGGGAUCCAUUCUUCCUGGACGUGUCGAUGUUUGAGCGUCUGGUCCAGAAUAGUAUGGAAUAUGUCACGCUCCGGCAACAGAGACGUAUGGCUCCUGAGAUCCGCGGGUUAUUGACCCCCAUAUAUGAGGGAUUGGAGGAUCACGAGUCGGUAAAGCAACAACCAAAAGUGCCGGGAAUGGGGAAUUGCCGAUUGUAUUUCUUUACCCACAGCUGGCCCGAAAGCCGUGACAGCCUCGCCUCUAAAUUUAACGAAAAGGAAGCUGAGAUGAUAGUGGGGUUCUUCAAUUACCUCGUGCUCAACAAUAUAGAGGUUAAAGAUAUAACCAUACUCACAUUUUACAACGGCCAAAGAAAGAGGUUGCUAAAUCUGCUGAAGAAGCAUUCUUAUCUCCAAGGAACCUAUGUGAAGGUCAUGACUGUCGACUCGUAUCAGGGAGAGGAGAAUGAAAUCGUGAUUCUCUCUCUUGUCAGAAACAGGGGGAAGGAUAUAGGGUUUCUGUCGAUACCCAAUCGUGUCUGCGUGGCUCUUUCGCGGGCAAAACGUGGGUUUUACAUGUUUGGAAAUGCUGGGCUGCUUGCGUCUGCCAACUCUCUCUGGGAGAAGGUUUUGCUAAUCAUGGGCAACAAGAGUGAAAAGCCACGCAUUGCAUAUGAGCUACCGCUGACUUGCGAGAAGCAUGGAAACAGAAUCCUUAUUAAAGAUCCGUCCGAGUGGAGCACGAUCAAUGGGGGCUGCCAACUUCCCUGUGGUGAGAGUCUGCCUCACUGUGGACACAAAUGCAGUAUCCAAUGCCACAGCUUUUCGCACGACCAAGUUCAGUGCCGCGAAACUUGCAACCGUCGAAUGGCCUGCGAACACAUCUGCAAGAUCCCUUGCUCGACAACCCACACGUGUUCUUGCACCUGCGAGGAAGCCCGGCGACUUGAAUAUCUUACGCAGACGGUUAGAGCCGAUGAUAACUGGUCACAGGGACGGCAAGUUGGACUAGGAAGCAGAGAACAAGCAGUCGAGAAUUACCAGGCGUUUGCGAAAGGAGAGUCCAAACGUCACGAUGCAAUUUUAGCUCAAAAGCUAGAGUCAAUUCACCAUCCCAGACAACAGAACGAGCCCGUGCGUGGUGUCAUCCCGGAGCAAACCGGUUUUGAUCCAAACUGGGCUGAGGAAGGAGCAUUCGCCCAGCGUGAACUUGGGGGGAUAAGCGCAAUGCAGCCAAGAAGCCUUCUCGACGACUGA